AUUGGCCAUGUAGCUGAAUAAAACCAUAUGCUAAACAGGGGCAUCCGUCUGGUCAGGUGGCAGGUACAGAGUGCCGUCGCGACGCACGAUGCGUCUGGCCCGAGGUCUCUGCCGCUAUACCACGGCGAGGCGAGGGCCCCGUGCUGGCUCCGGCUGUGACAUAAGAAAAGAGGAGCGCCAGUGGCAAUGAGUGCCGGACGACGAUCGCUGCAACAGGUUCUAGCGCUGGCGGCCUUCGCGACGGCCGCCUCGGCCUCGGACACUAGUGAUUUCUGCAGCUCCGUUACGUCCUGCCUCAAGGAUGGCAGCACCACGUGUGACACGACCACGGCCGAUUGCCCUCCAUGCAUUUACGCACUCGACAGCACCUACACGUGCUGGGAGAAGGACAACUCGACCAAUACCUGCCCCUUCACUGGAGUCCGCUACGACUGCUCCGACUCAUGGAGUUCCAUAACGUCCAGCAGUACCAACAACACGUCGUCGUCCUCGACAGACACGACGGACUCCACCGCUGCCUCCUCCAAAUCUUCCUCUGCGUCAUCGUCCGGUACCAGCGCCGACACCUCGAGCUCCACCGGUUUGGGCGGCCUGAGCUCCAGUCUUAUCACGUAUGGAGCCAUCGGCCUCGGUGCAGUCCUAAUCGUAGUUAUCCUUGGCAUUCUCUGUGCUCGGAGACGCAAGAUGCGACGCCGUCGCGAGGAGAACAUUGCAGCUACAGGUGCCGGCAACUUCGGUCGCAACCGCGCCAUGUCGGACAAGCGAAUGCGUGGCCUCUCGAAGCCUGACGAGGGCUUCGCAGGUCCGUACAACAACAUCCUGGACACCAGCAAGGUCAACUACGCAUCUUCCAACAUGAAUCAUGGCUACGGUGGUGGCCAUCGCAAGGGAUCGCGACCAGAUCCGAUGGAUACACUAUCCCACGUGCCCACAGACGAAUCUCCGCGUAGCUUUGACGGUAUGUUGGCCGAUGCGUCGCAGUCACCGGCCGUUUUAGGCGGAAACGGGCACAACUCGCGCGGCUCCCACAAGAGUGGAGGACGCAACGUCCAGGCAGCUCCAGUUGUCGGAGGCAUUGGCGGAUUCUCGAACGUGAGCGAGUACGUGCAACAGGACGUUUCCUCCCGUUGCACAUCCACACCGAACGUCUUUGGUGAGUACCUACGCAUGAAGCAGGAGAUGCAGUACGACGAGGCAGACCGCAGCACGAUGGGCGGAAUGAGCGGCGUGAGCUUCAGCGAUACCAUCAGUGACCUGGACAGCGGCAAGUACUCGUUCCAGUCGUCGCAGGGGAUUGCUCGACCGCCGCAGAGGCGGACGGACUUAGACGGUCGGUCAUCGAUGGCCGACUCAAUUACCGACUCCAUCGCGGACUCGGUCACCGACUCGGAAUAUGCCGAGCAAUUACGCGCUCGUGGCGAGAGCGACUGCUACAGUGAGAUGUCGUACAAUGACGAGAAAUAUUCGUUCAGCAGUAUUGACGGUCUGGAUGACAGUCAAGUACGAGAAGGCAAACGUGAGGUUGAGAUUUAGAGAGAAAGAGGUCUCUCUUUGUUGUGUUCUCCGUUGGUAGUCAGUCUCCAUUAGAUGUGUGAUAAUGAAAAUCCCAUUAUUUUAUCAAGUGAACGCCUCGAUGGGUUCGUAGUGAGGAGAACUCAAGAAUCUCAGGACGAAGCGUAUCAAGGAUGCAUUUCAUUCAUAUGGGGACCAAGAAUGAUUCACUAAUAGAUCUGCAAACACGCUCAGCUUCAGCUCCAGUGGACACUUGACGACGACGCUACAGUAGCUGGCACCGAGUUUUCUUGCCUGGCGCAUCAAACCAUACAACCUCGAGAUAUCAUUCCAUUGUCUCCGCUAUCGGGAUCGGCGGAAACGCGUCAAUGGACCUUCUUGGUGGAGGGGCUUGACUCGUCAGACCCUGACGGCGAGCUCUGCUGGGCGUCCGAGAUGUCGUUGGCUUCGCUCGGGGUUGGAGCAUCUCGCUCGCUGCUCGUUGGAUGCUCAGUCUCGAGCUCGGUGAUACCCGAUUGGGCCGGGAGUGUCGACUUCUCUACAGUAUCAGUAGCUGUGGCAUUAACUGCGGGAGGAUCAACCUUGGCCCCGAAGCGCAGGAUACACUCCUCCGAGAUGAAAUCCAACACCUUCUGGUAAAUUCGAGAGCGGAACUCGAUUCUCUCUUGUCCUUCGAGAUAGGACGGCAGCGGGACGACGAUACCGUCAAAGUCUUGCAUCACAAACGGAUACGACACUUGCGGUGGCUGCGGCCCGUUGGGUAGGAACAUGACGCCGCUGCUUGCCGUAGCCAGUACUGGAGUCUGCGCCGCUGAGGACGACGAUGUUGCUCCAUCCGUGCCAACGGUAGUAGCAGCAGCCUCAGCUGACGAUGCACCAGGUGUCCGUGGCAUCGUCACUGGGGCAGUCUCUGUAGCUGUGUCAACCGAGUCCACUUCGCCCGACGUGUCGACUGGAGGCAGAAGCGACUGGCGCUUCGAUGCCGCAGGGUAUGGAGCGAACCGCUCACCCUUAGCGGCCCCAGCGGAAACGCGUCGCUCUCGCUUGUGCAGUCGGUUCUUGGCGUCAAGUUUGCGCUGGUGCUGGUUCUGCCGAUUGCGAUGCUCGUCGCAGAGAUUGUGAGCCGCCCCCGACGUCUUGAGCGCACGCUCAUUCAUGCACUUGCCAGUCUUGUAGAGGCAUUUGCCGCGGUAGUUGGGGCGCUCAGAGCCUGGGAGCACCGCAGAAGGAGAGGCUGGAGACGUCGAGGACGGAGCAGGAGGCGAGGCCUUGAUGUCCGACAUAGCACUGGCUGCUGACAGCAGGAAUAGAGAGCAAUGGGAGGCGCAGGUUAGAGCUGCUGAGGCUUUACGGCGGGGGGCUCCAUGAGAUCGCCACCCAUGACGGCGGCGUCGACGGACGCAAGUGACAAACAACGGAUGGCUUACCGCACGGACUCAGAGUUUCUUCGUGGACUCAGAGAGGAUCAGUAGACUCAGUCUUUUCGAGAUAGAAACGCGAGAAAUGGUCGCAUAAGUUCAAUUUUCUAUUUCUCAAAUAGAAAUUUAAACCCAAGAAACCCAAUGCUCUAUUGUGGUCUGUAACGAAAACCUUUUUUGGGUCAAAUUUGGUG